AUGGUUCACUACAGCAUCCUCGCGUCUGCUCUCUUGAGUGUCGCUGCCGCACAGUCCCUCGGCAAAGGCAAGGAAGUGCAUCCCAAGCUCACUACCUAUGAGUGCACCAAGCAGGGAGGCUGCAAAGCUCAAGACAGCUACAUCGUUCUCGACGCCGCCAUCCACUCGAUCCACCAGAAGAAUGAUACAACCAGGGGCUGCGGCAACUGGGGCAGCGGGGCGGACCCGGCUGUGUGCCCCGACGAGAAGACGUGCGCGAAGAACUGCAUCCUAGAUCCAAUCAGCAACUAUCACGACUAUGGUAUCUUCACCAAUGGUGCAAGUCUCCGUAUGGAUUUCUAUGGCAAGGACAAGAAGUUCCAGAGUCCUAGGGCGUACCUUCUCGGCAAAGCCGAAAAGGACUACGAGAUGCUGAAGUUGACUGGCAAGGAGUUCACCUUCGACGUCGAUGUGUCGAAGCUGCCAUGUGGUAUGAACGGCGCACUGUACCUUUCCGAAAUGAGGGCAGACGGUGGCCGAUCGAAUUUGAAUCCCGGAGGUGCCAGCGUCGGUACAGGAUACUGCGAUGCUCAGUGCUUCGUUACGCCCUGGGUCAAUGGUGUCGGUAACAUCGAUGGAUCUGGCGUCUGCUGCAACGAAAUGGACAUUUGGGAAGCCAACAGCCGUUCCACCCAGAUUGCACCCCACACCUGCAGCAAGCCCAGCCUCUUCAAGUGCCAAGGCGCUGAGUGCGGAGCCAACGGCCUCUGCGACAAGAACGGCUGCGGAAAGAACUCCUACCGUAACAACGCGAAGGACUUCUACGGUCUUGGUCUCAAGAUCGACACCAAGAAGCCCUUCACCGUGGUUACCCAGUUCCCCGCCAAGAACGGUGUUCUCCAGUCCAUUGAGCGCAAGUACGUUCAAAAUGGCAUCGUCUUCGAGGACCAGCCCAAGAACAUUACCUUGAAUGACGCCACCUGCGCUGCUAGUGGUGCCGACACGUUCAUGAAGUUGGGUGCCAUGAAGGGAAUGGGCGAUGCGCUGAGCCGUGGUAUGGUAUUGGCGAUGAGUGUUUGGUGGGAUGAGGGCGGCUUCAUGCAGUGGCUUGACGGCGGAGAGGCGGGACCCUGUGAUGCCACUGAGGGUGACCCAAAGAACAUCGUCAAGGUGCAGCCUGCGCCUUCCACAACUUUCUCCAACAUCAAAUGGGGAGAGAUCGGGUCGACUUUCAAGGGUAAGAACCAGUGGACUGCAUAG